AUGACGGGCACCAGCUGCAAGGAAGGAGACGUCGCGCUACAGACUAGGCAAUUUGACUCAGCGAGCAAACAUGACAAGAUCUCUUCGGCCUGCCGUGAAGGCAACGUUGAUGCACUGGUAAGUUUUGCUGGCUCUGAAGGUGGAUUAUUGGACGACCAUCUUCGUGCAACAGCAUGGCCGUUGCUUCUUGGCUGCACAAUAGAUGAUGGGCGUUCAUUGGACAAGGUGGAAUGGCGAAGUCUUCCACAACACCAAGAUGAAGAACAAGUGCAGAAGGACGUCGAUCGUGCCUUUGUGUACUAUCCAGUCAAUGAGACUGAACAUGCACUGGCACACAGGAAAACGGCUUUGCUGGACCUUAUUGUCCAUGUGCUUCGGGUAAACCCCAUGCUGCACUACUUUCAAGGCUUUCAUGACAUUGCACAAGUCCUGCUUCUAGUGCUCGGCAAAGAUGCUGCAUUCCCAGCCGUAUCGAGACUGUCGUUGUUGCGCAUCAGGGACUACAUGCUAAUCAGUCUCGGCCCGGCCGAGAAGCAUUUGCAACUGAUACCGGCGAUAUUGCAAUGUGCAGAUGCUCAACUAGCAAACCACUUGGGCUCAACCCCGCCAUAUUUUGCAUUGUCCGCCGUUCUUACACUAUACGCGCACGACAUUCAGGAAUAUGCCGAUAUUGCUCGGCUGUACGAUUUCAUCCUAGCACACGAACCGGUCAUGACGAUAUACCUUUUCGCCGCCUUGGUCACUAGUCGAAGAGAAGAGCUGCUCGAGAUACCGGCCGAAGACCAUGACAUGCUACUUUUCACGUUGUCAAAGCUUCCGCAGCCACUCGAUCUCCAGGCACUGAUUGACAGUUGUUUACAGAUCUAUAGAUCGUGUCCUCCUGAGAGGCUGCCGGGCCGAGCUUGGUCUGACAUAUCUUCUGACAGCGUCCUCAAGACCUCAGCAGAGAAACUGCGGACGCAGAGCCUGGAGGAAGCACGACGAUCAUUUGCGAGACAGUCACAACAGCUCACCAGGCAACAAUUGGCUACUAAGCUGAGAAGUAAGCCUAUGGUCAAGGAUUGUGGUGUGACAGAUGUUUGUGAAGAAGACGUAAAGACCUUGAUUUAA